AUGGAUAUGGAGUUCAAAGAAGAAGUGGACAGUGAUGAAGAGGCCCUAUCCCCUCUGUCCCAUCUCAGCCUCAACGAAGAGGGCGACGAUGGAGAUGAGACGGGUGCCUGGGACAAGGAGGGAGAUGGGGGCGAUGGAGACAACUCACAGAAGAUCUCCAAAAAGGAUGCCCUGCCUCUUGUCAUCCAGUGGAUCAAGGAAAACUACGAGGCCAGCGGCAACUCCUGCAUCCCGAAACACCUUGUCUACCAACACUACAAAGACUUCUGUGAGGACAACAACAUUCAGUUUACCAACAUGGCCAACUUCGGUAAGAUUAUUCGCUCCGUGUUCCCUCGCUUGAAGACGCGAAGGCUGGGACCGCGAGGCAAGACAAAGCACCACUAUCACGGCAUCAGCAUCAGCUCUGCAUCUAAGCUUCAGGUCCCCGCAGACGCUAUCAUCACGGGCAAGAAGGCCCAGAACAGGCGGGUGCGUGGACCGGACGUCACGGCCUCGCCACCUAAGCGCCAGCGGCGCGCUCAUAAACUCAUGGAAGAUGGGCUCGACUUUCCCGAUUAUCCGGAGGAUGGAGAGCAGUUCAUGCGUCGUCCCAUACCAGCCCUUCCGUCGUUCGACCUGGAAGAGAUUGCGUUUAUGGGCGAAGUGAGCGACACGCUGAUCCAGCAAUUGCGGCACUUCAUGUCACUGUACAAACAACAUGCUCAGCACCUUCUCUCGGUCCUAUGUUCAUGUUCCUUUACUGAGGUCGAGUCUCUCUUGGUCACCUUUUGGUCGCAGAACUUUGGCGAUUUUCAGGAAGUGUUCUUGCGUGAGGACAUCAUCAAUCACAUCACCAGCAAGGAUCGCCUCAUUUACAGUUUAGCGCUGGAUUUCUUCUUCCCGACCCUGUUCGAGCCGCAGGUGAAGUCCUUGAUCGAGUCUCUCAUCCAUCUAUCCCAGCACAUUCGCGCAUGGAUGGAGAAGGCUACACAGCACUUCCCUCCGGCUUUUUCGGCCCGGAAGCUGCAUGAGGUGAAGCGAUUUGCGCUGAACCUGCGAAAGAGGAGCCGGAUCAAUCUUCUUGCUCAGCAGGCCAGGGAAUGUUUGGAGUGGAGCAUUAUGCUGGUGGACUGGAUCGGUAUCGAGUUUGACAUCAUUCAGGACAAGACCUUCAUGCUCUUUUCAUCAAACGCCUCGAAUUCGGUCCCUCACUACAUCACUGCCACGAUAACGGAAGACCUGCGCGGAAUGCUGGAGGACCACUGCAAUUUGGAUCAGUUUGUGACGUGGAUGCGCCUCGUGGCCGACGAGCUCGUCGAGCAAGGCGCCCUUCCCGCACCCGAGAAGCUCUCCGAAUCCAUCUACCGAGCCCAAACCUUCCUCUUCUGUUGGGCGCAGUACACGUCCCUCAUCAUGUGCGACCUGACCUGCCGAGAUGCUCCUUCCCUUGAGUUUUUCCACGCUCUCUUCACCUUCCUCAACGCCUACGUAUCGUACUACAUGGAGGGCAAGGUGAUGCAGUACAAGAUGGCAGCCCUCUACCCUCCGCUACCACGACCCAUCCCCCAUCAAACCAACACGAGCCCGGUUGCCGUCAACUCGCCCACGAUGCGCCGCCUGCAGAAUAUGCCCGACAUGUCGCCUUCUGUCUCCUCGCCCUCCCAUUCGCCUCACCCGACCGCAGCUUCACCCAUCCCCAACGGAGUAGCCGGGUCUAGCUCUACGCCCUACUCCAUGGCAAACGUGAAAUCCGAGCCAACCCAGCCGCAUCCGACCCACAACCCAACACAGUGGUCGCCCAUGCCUCCCCACGGAAUGUAUCACGGCGGCGAAGAAGCGGAAGGCAACGAAGACCAGGAGGGAGACAACGAGUCAGGCCUCACGCCUCUCGACUUGGAGGCGCUGCAGAACAUGACUCUCAACUACAUUGGCGACUACCAAGACGGGCAGGCCAGCGUGAAGAUGAUCCCUCAAUCCCACGCAGAGUCUUCCGACGGCAUGAUGGGCAUGUCCAACGCCGAUCACUCCCAAUUUUUGCACGAUCAGUCCAUCGACAUGGGGCGAAACUCCUUUUCGCUCUUUCUGGACGAGGAUCUGAACGACCUGCCGCCCCUGCUGCUGCAAAACGUGGACGCUGACAUCACCUCCCUCUUCAACACCGACAUGGGUUCGUGA